GUGCAGUGUCAGGAGAACAACAUGGUGGUCACUGUACUGAAGGAUCUGUAUGGGACUGGAAAGCUGGUGAAGGCCUCAGACCUUACUCUAGGAUCCCAGCUCUGUGGGCCCAGUUUCCAAAGAGAAGACAGUGUUGUAUUCCAGAAUGGGCUGCAGGAGUGUGGAAUCCAGUUACAGAUGACACAAGACUUUGUAAUCUACAGAGUAGAGUUGAUCUACAACCCUACUCCAUUAGGUAAUGCUCAGAUUCUCAGGACCAAUGGUGCAGUGACAUUAAUCCAGUGCUAUUAUCCAAGACAUGGUAAUGUAAGCAGUGAUGCCAUUAAACCAACAUGGGUACCCUUUAUCUCAACUAUAUCUGUGGAAGAAACACUAGUCUUCUCUUUACAACUCAUGAAUGAUGACUGGAGUGCUCCAAGAACAUCUAUGGCCUUCCAGCUGGGUGAUGUCUUCCAUAUCGAAGCCUCUGUGGAUAUUGUCAAUCAUGUGCCUAUGAUGGUAUUUGUUGAUAGAUGUGUGGCCACAUUAUCUCCAGAUACUAACUCUAAUCCCCGUUAUGACAUAAUGGACUUGAAUGGGUGUCUGCUGGAUGGAAAGCAAGAAGAUUCCUCUUCAGCAUUUAGACCUCAAAGACCCCAGCCAAACAAGAUCCAAUUUGCAGUUGAUGCUUUCAGGUUUACUGGGACAGAUGUCUCCACGAUCUACAUAACCUGUAACCUAAGAGCUGUUCCAGUCACCCAGAUACCAGAUCCUAUGAAUAAAGCCUGCUCCUUUAGCAAAAUCACCAACACUUGGUCCCCUCUGGAAGGCACCAGUGACAUCUGUAUCUGUUGUGAAACUGGAAAUUGUGCAGUCUCUGCUGGUCAGAGUAGGCGGAUGGGGCCACAAUAUGCUGGAAGAAGACAUUGGAAGAGAGGAACUAGACUUGAUUCCACGUCUGUGCAAGAUCAUGGCUUGGUCGCACUUGGACCACUAGUGGUAACUGGACUUGGUAACCAUAAUGAGGUUGAAAACGCAGCACAAGCAAUGAGGCAGGAACACAAACCUCUUGAAGUCUGGGUGUUAGUGGCAACAUGUGGUAUAAGUGCUGCAGUUCUGGUGACUUGUGUUGCUGUGCUUAUAAAUUAUAGACGAAGUUUGACUGCCAUUGACCAAGGUAGUGGAAAUGGGGAAGUUAUAAAUGGCUUUAACAAAAUGGGUUAUGUUUCCAGAGAAACCAAAAUUAAACAAAGAAUUGUGAAGAUGUUGCCAAAUGAUAGAAUCGAAAGCCUUCUCAGCGUCAAUCAGCACCAAAGCGAAGUCCUGUUUACAUGUUACUUUGUCUCUGUGUAG